AUGUCGUAUAAGUCUUGUCAGAUAUAUGAUGCUGAGCCUGGAGAAGAUAAUUAUUAUGGUGAACUCAUUGACAGUACAGGAAAUAGCUUUGUAGCCGCCUCAACAUUCCCUCAGGAACUAGCUGGUCCAUGUAAAGGUCAUGGCUGUAAGCUUACUGAAGUGUGUAUUCCACAGUCACCGCCUUACACCUGCAUCCCUGUAUUUGUACAGUUUAUUGAAAACAGUCAACUGAAUAAGUCUUGUCAGAUAUUUGAUGAUGAACCAGGGGAAACGAAUUACCAUGGUAAGCUCAUCAAAAGCACUGGAAAUAGCUUUCUAGGAGCCUCAGCAUUCCCUAAGGAAUUGGCUGGUCCAUGUAAAGGUCAUGGAUGUAAGCCUAAUGAAGUGUGUUUCCCGCUGUCACUAACUUACACCUGCAUCCCUGUAUAUGUACAGACUAUUGAAAAGAGCCAGCAAAGCCCAUUGACGGAAGUUGCCUACGGAAAGUCAUGCAAACAAAGUUCAACCGCUGGGGUAGAAUAUGCUUCGAAGGCUGUUGAUGGAGAUUUGAAUACAUAUGCGCACACUGACAAAAAUCAUUUACCAUACUGGUUUGUUGACCUUGGAAAAUUUUUCCAAGUAAAGCGGAUCGAAAUAUUCAACAGAAAUCGUGGCUCUAGAGACACAGGACGACGUCUGCAUGACCUUGACAUUAUGGCUGGUACUUCACUAAAUAACCUGCAUCUAUGUACCCACUACACAGGACCGGCUGAACUCGGAGAACAUCUUGUGUUUGGAUGUCAGUAUGAAGAAAAGGCACGUUAUGUGAAAUUGACAAUACGAGGAACAGAAUUCUUACAUGUGGCUGAGGUCAAAGUGUAUGCACUUUAUGAUUAA